CAAACUGAUUCUAGUAAUAUACUAAUAUGCCUCAAUUUGGCGGGAAAAAAGUGGGCCAGAUGGUUUUGGGCUUUGGAGGCAGCGGCCUAGGCCAGGCUCUCGCCGCCGUCGCCGCCGCUCUCCUCCUCCGUCUCUUCUCCGGCCCAGGCCCAGCACUCUUCCCGGACUCCGACUUGGCAGACGACGACGACGGAAACGACGUGAUCAACGACAAAGGCGACUAUCCGGUUGCCGGAAAUGUCGUUCCGGUGACAAUCCGGUGGCGCAACCUCACCUGCUCCCUCUCCGACAAGUCUUCCAAAUCAGUCAGGUUUCUGCUGAAUGACGUCAGCGGAGAAGCUAAACCGGGGAGGCUACUGGCGAUAAUGGGGCCGUCCGGUUCAGGGAAGACGACGCUGCUGAAUGUACUCGCCGGUCAGCUAAGUGCUUCUUCGCGGCUCAGCUUAUCGGGGCUGUUAGAGUUCAAUGGAAAUCCUGGCCCAAACAAAGCCUAUAAGAUUGCGUAUGUGAGACAGGAGGACCUGUUUUUCUCGCAGCUGACGGUGCGAGAGACGCUGUCUCUUGCCGCCGAGUUGCAGCUUCCGGAGAUAUCUUCCUCGGAAGCGAGAUUGGAGUAUGUGAACAAUCUGUUGUUCAAAUUGGGAUUGGUCAGCUGUGCUGAUACCAAUGUUGGCGAUGCGAAAGUCAGAGGAAUUAGUGGAGGUGAAAAGAAACGUUUGUCUGUGGCGUGUGAGCUGAUUGCAAGCCCCUCUGUUAUAUUUGCUGAUGAACCGACGACUGGACUUGAUGCCUUCCAGGCGGAGAAAGUUAUGGAAACCCUUCGACAGCUUGCACAGGAAGGACAUACCGUGAUUUGCUCCAUACAUCAGCCUAGAGGUUCUGUUUAUGCUAAAUUUGACGACAUUGUGUUGCUAACAGAGGGUUCACUUGUGUAUGCUGGUCCUGCACAUGAUGAACCACUGAUAUACUUCUCCAAAUUCGGGUACCAUUGCCCGGAUCAUGAAAACCCAGCUGAGUUUCUAGCUGAUCUUAUCUCCAUCGACUACAGUUCUGCUGAAAGUGUGUAUUCUUCUAAGAAAAGAAUAGACGCUCUUGUUGAAUCAUUUUCACAACAAUGAUCACUAGUUCUGUAUGCAACUCCAAUUACUUUAAGGGAAAUUCCCAAGAACACCACCAGGUUCAGCAGGAAAAGUAGAGUUCAGAAGAAAGGAGGUUGGUGGAGGCAAUUCCGGUUGCUCCUGAGGCGUGCAUGGAUGCAGGCUUCUCGUGAUGGACCCACAAAUAAAGUUCGUGCAAGAAUGUCAAUUGCAUCAGCUUUAAUAUUUGGAUCAGUUUUUUGGAGAAUGGGAAGAUCUCAGACAUCGAUCCAAGACAGACUGGGACUGCUUCAGGUUGCUGCAAUAAACACAGCAAUGGCUGCUCUCACAAAGACUGUUGGUGUCUUUCCAAAGGAGCGUGCAAUAGUAAAUAGAGAGCAUGCAAAAGGGUCUUACACAUUAGGACCCUAUCUUCUUUCUAAGUUGUUGGCUGAGAUUCCCAUUGGAGCAGCAUUUCCUUUAAUGUUUGGUGCUGUUUUGUAUCCCAUGGCUCGUCUUCAUCCUACUCUAUCCAGGUUUGGGAAGUUUUGUGGUAUUGUGACCAUGGAAUCUUUUACGGCAUCUGCUAUGGGUCUUACAGUUGGUGCUAUGGUUCCAACCACUGAAGCAGCUAUGGCCGUGGGACCGUCACUUAUGACAGUUUUUCUUGUGUUUGGAGGUUAUUACGUGAAUGCAAAGAAUACACCAAUUAUUUUUCGCUGGAUUCCUCAGGCAUCUCUAAUCAGAUGGGCUUUUCAAGGGCUCUGCAUCAACGAGUUUCGUGGUCUUCAAUUUGAUCAUCAACAUUCUUUUGAUAUUCAAGAUGGAGAACAGGCACUUGAACGCAUCUCCUUUGGAGGUACUCAUAUUAGAGAAACUGUGGUAGCUCAAAGUAGAAUACUGUUGUUUUGGUAUUGCACAACUUACCUGCUGAUGGAGAAAAACAAACCGAAGUACCAGCAGCUGGUGGCCGCACCUCUUGAACAAACCCAACCAUCAGCAGUGCAGCUUGAACCUAUAAAUACCGAACAAGUUGAAAUACAAGAACAGCCGGAUGAACCCGUAACACCCAAACAAGUUGAACUAGACCAGCCACUUGAAUCACCUCCAAUUGACCAAGACCCUCCAUUUAUCCUAGAAGGUGCUAAGUAAAGGAGAUAUCUUUGCACUAAAGCAGGGCCUCUAAUGAGCCAUUUGUAUACAUCAUGACGCGAUCAUUGUAGAUCCAUAUCAACUCAAACAUGUCACGUAGAACAUAAUUUUUCAGAUCUUAUGCUACCCCAAUGAGCCUGUUGCUUCUACGGUUC